AUGGUCUCCACUGCAUGGCUAGCCGCGGCUCCGUUGGCUGCCACUGUGGCUGCGCAAUACUUUCCGCCCCCUCCAGAAGGCUUGACGGUGGUGGAAUCGAAGCAUGAAGAAGGGGUCAAGAUCUCCUACAAGCAGCCGGGGAUCUGCGAGACCACACCUGGCGUCAGAUCAUACUCCGGCUACGUGCACUUGCCGCCGGGGACCCUGAAGGAUGUGGGCAUCGAUCAAAAGUAUCCGAUCAACACCUUCUUCUGGUUCUUUGAGGCCCGACAUGACCCUCUGAAUGCACCCCUGUCCAUCUGGAUGAAUGGGGGACCAGGAAGCUCGUCCAUGAUCGGCUUGCUGCAGGAGAAUGGUCCCUGCAUCGUCAAUCCAGACAGUAACUCGACCGAGCUGAACCCAUGGUCCUGGAACAAUUACGUCAAUAUGUUGUACAUUGAUCAGCCGAAUCAAGUCGGCUUCAGCUACGACGUAGCCACCAACGGGACCUUUGACCAGGUCGCUCAGGCAUGGAAUCUCUCCAGCUGGGAACACGGAGUCCCCCAGCAAAACAACACCUUUUACGUGGGCACAACGGCCAGCGGGAAGCCCUCCGCAGCCGCCAACGGGACAGAGAAUGCAGCGCGCUCACUGUGGCAUUUUGCCCAGACUUGGUUCUCCGAGUUUCCCGAGUACAAGCCGCACGACGAUCGAGUGAGCAUUUGGACUGAAUCGUACGGUGGACGUUACGGUCCGGCGUUCACGGCCUUUUUCCAGGAGCAGAAUGAAAAGAUUCAGAACAAGACCCUGACCGCCGCGAGCGAGUCACAUUACAUUCACCUGGACACUCUGGGUAUCAUCAACGGAUGCGUGGACCUGCUUGUCCAAGCGCCCUCGUACCCCAUCAUGGCCUACAACAAUACCUAUGGCUUGCAGACUAUCAAUGAAACCGUCUAUCGACGGGCCAUGCACGCCUGGAGUCGACCGGGAGGCUGCAAGGAGCAGAUCCAGCACUGCCGGACUCUGGCGGCCGAAAGCGACCCCCAGAUGCACGGCACCAACGAGACCGUUAACAAGGUCUGUCACAAAGCCGGUGAUUUUUGCAGCAAUGCCGUCGAGGGAGCGUAUGUGAACUUUGCGGAUCGGGGCUACUACGAUAUUGCACACAAGAACCCCGACCCCUUUCCGCCCAAUUACUUCCUUGGAUUCCUGAACCAGCACUGGGUCCAAGGUGCACUCGGUGUCCCGAUCAACUUCACCGAGUCCAGCGAGGGUGUGUACCGGGGCUUUCAAUCCACGGGCGACUACGCCCGGGCCGACGUCCACGGAUACCUCGACGACAUUGCCUAUGUCUUGGACUCGGGUAUCAAAGUGGCCCUGGUGCACGGCGACCGCGACUACGCCUGCGACUGGAUCGGUGGCGAAGACGUGAGCUUGCGCGUGGCCCAUGCGCAGGCCGAGCACUUCCGCACGGCGGGCUACGCGCCACUCCGCACGAAUUCGUCCUACGUUGGGGGCCAGGUGCGCCAGUAUGGGAAUUUCUCGUUCUCACGGGUCUACCAGGCUGGACAUGAGAUUCCCGCCUAUCAGCCACAGACCGCAUAUGAGAUUUUCCAUCGAGCUCUCUUCAACCGGGAUCUGGCCACCGGUAGGAUCGACACGGCCGCCAAUAGGUCCUACUCCACCCAAGGGCCAGCCUCGACAUGGCAUAUCAAGAAUGAAGUGCCCGACAGUCCGGAGCCGGAAUGCUAUCUCUUGGCGCUUGAAGCCACAUGUACGGAUGAGCAGAUUGCCCGGGUCGUCAAUGGGACUGCGGUCAUCAAGCACUAUAUUGUUGUGGGUUGA